AUGACUGAGCAUAAUGUUCAUCUUCUUGCGCUUCCAAAUGAAAUAUUAUUUCUCAUUUUGAAAAAACUUGACAAUAUUGAUGUUCUUUAUUCUUUACUGGGUAUCAAUAAUCAACGACUUGAUAUUAUUGCCCAAGAACAAAUAUUCACUAACAUGCUUAAUUUUGUUUCCAUAGCACAAUCAACUGAUGAGAUUUCUUCAAUUCCUGGCUCAAUAUUAGAUCGAUUUUGUAUUGAUAUAUUACCAAGAAUUCAUCAAAAUGUCAAAUCUCUCAUCCUUGAACCUGUUUCUUCGGAAUGUAUUCUUCGUGCUGGUAGCUAUCCUAAUCUCACCCAACUUCAACUUUUCAAUUUCAACAAAGCGGUCGUUUCACGUUGUUUUAUGGAAGAUUCUCCCUUUGGACAUAUUGGUAAACAAAUUAUGGAUCUUAUUUUUAUCAGCAAUGAAAACAAUAUUGAAAUAACAUCAAAAGAGUAUACGAAGAAUGUUUAUGCAAUUAUCUUAGGUUUCUUUAAAAAUCUAAAGCAUCUGAGCAUCGUACCAUCAUCUGUCAACGAUUAUCCACCUUUGUCGUUAUAUAAUUUACCACCAAUGACUUUUUCCUCUUCGACACUUACUAAGUUACGUAUCAAUGUGAAUGUUUUUGAUGAUUGUCUUGCUUUACUUGAUGGUCGUCUCAAACAAUUAACUACAUUCAUUGUUGAAAUUCAUCGUAUCCACGAAUUGAUAUCAAUAUCGCACAACAUGGAUGAGCUACCUAAUUUAAAAUGUUUCUCAUUAACAUGUUAUGAUAGUACCCGAGAAUAUGAUAAUCAAGUUCUACCUCUUCUUCGUCGAAUGUCAUAUCUCGAAGAAUUAACUUUAUAUAUUCAUAUCUACCAUGGACCCACAUUUAUCUCUGGUACUCAUAUUGAUAAUGAAAUUCUUAUUCACAUGCCACGACUUCAUACAUUUACAUUUUAUAUCGCUUGUGAAAAUGACAUAGAUGAUCCAAUUAUUCGUAUAUCUACUUCAGAUAUUGAACGAACUUUCACAAAUAUCGAACAUCGACCAGUGGCUUCUAUGGUAGAUUAUUUCGAGUCUAGCAAGAUGAUAUCUCGGGUUUUUUCACUUCCAUUUAAAUUUGAUCGUCUCAAACACAUCGGAAAUAAUAUUCCAAAUAUUGUAUUUAAUUCUGUUACUUAUUUGAAGUUAUGGGAUCCAAUGCCAUUCAAACAUGCAUUUUUCGUUCGACUUGCUCGAGCUUUUCCAGUUCUCAAACAUUUAUCUAUUUGGAAUAUUGAACCACCAUUUUUUAGAUGUCACGAAUAUCAUCUUUACCAUAACGAUUGGUGCUCAAUUGUUGAAUAUCCUCAUCUUAUUUCACUUGACAUCGAUUAUGUUAGUACUUAUUAUGUUGAACAUUUUCUCAAUGAAACAAAAACACAUCUACCUCGUUUAACUCAAUUAAAAGUCAGUUAUCAAAAUUUGAAAAUGGUGACAACAAACUUUACAAGAGAUGAAACGCGACGUAGUUGUGCUAAAGUGAAACAAUUAAUUGUUAGAUACCCCAUAGUUUAUACAAAAGAUUUUUGUUGCUAUUUUCCUUUGUUAUUACUUUAA